AUGUCGUCAUUCCUCCAGCUCCCCGCCUGGCGCACCCUGGCGUCGUCUGCCAUGCUUCGACAGCUAAUCCUUUUUGCGCUGCUGUACUCGGCCGCCGUCGUGGCUAGUCCAACCUUUACGGAACUCGAUGCUCGCUCUCAGUCACCUUUCUCAGUACCAGAUGCAUCCUCGACGUCCUACGAAGCUUUGGGCUUCCAACGAGUCAAUGUCACUCUUGCCGUUAUGUCCAGGUGCCCAGACGCUCUCGCAUGUGAAGCCGCUUUCGAUAAGGUCCUCGACCGUGUCAACGCCAAAAUUCGCCUAACUAUGACUUAUAUCGGAUCCGUCGACGAGCAUAAAACUCACAGCAGAUACGGCGCUUUCUGCAUGCACGGCGAUCAAGAGUGUGCCGGCAACAUUCAACAGCUCUGCAUCCAAGAUGCUCUCAAUCCCGUUCGCGCCGGCGAGGACUUUGACCUCAGCCCCAGUGCUGCACAGAAGAAAUGGUGGAACUUUCUUCAAUGUCAGAACUAUGCAGGUCUCUCCAAGAUCGGCGACGAAGGCCUUGCUCAAAGAUGUCUGCGUGUCGUCGACGGGCCCUCCUGGGACAAGGACGGCAUUGCAGACUGCGUUCACGGCAAGCACGGCCGGAAGCUCUUGCAACACAGCAUACUGGCUUCCAAGAAGGCCAGCCUCGUCAAAUCUUGCACCAUCGUUUUUGAAAAUGGCAAGAAGUGCAUUCGCGAUGGAGGCGCUUGGAAGGAUUGCGAUCUUGGCCAUCAGCCCGCCGAUUUCAUUGCCGAGAUCGAACGCAUCUGGUCUCAAAAGAAUGAGCUUUUGAACCAACUCCUUUCACCCAGCUCGAACAAGACUGUAUCACAAGCCCCCACUCGACUCGUCAAGCGACAGUCUUCCUCGUCUCCCUCAUCCACCGACACCAGCUUCAACAAUCCCUUUUCGGGCUCAAGCACCCCGCCCAGCGUUUUCACACUGAUCAUUGCCAUCGCUCUGUUUGUCAUCGUCGUUUGCUUUGUCCUACUGAGGAUCAUUAUGCGCAACCGCCGACUUCGUCGUCUGGGAUUGCUUCCUGAAGGGCCCUUGGAUCGCCUGCUCGGACCAACCCGGGAAAUCGAAGACACGCUCACCCCACCCAAACUGCUCGAAGCUCGAAUCGCACACGACUUUCGGCCUGCAGCUUACGACGCCGAGGUGAAAGCGAAAGGCUGGGACGCCGUCAUGCCCAUUUCGGCGGCUGUGCCACCUGUUCUCUAUUCCGAUCUUUUUCCCAAGCCCAACACCGCAGACACGGAUGUCCCAACCGGUGUUGCUGAUGCAGCUUCAGCCGCGCAGAACGACUUUGCCUAUCCACCGACAUCCUCACUCGCAGGUGGCUUGACUCGCCACUUGCACAUUCCAUCCUUUCUGCGCCGUAACGGUGAGGGCAGCUCGCAUGACGAUGCUGCGGCCGCUAGCAACAAUGGCACCCCGAACAAUGUUAGCGCCAACGGAAGCGACGCAGAAGCAAAGAAUGCGAGAGCAGACACCAGUACCCCAGCCUCGGUCAACGUCACUGUGCUCAUCGCCAUGCCAUGUCAGCGUACCGUCUUCCCCUCAACUCAACACCAGUACAAUCAUGCAGCACUCAAGUCGCAGCGCUCGCUCAAUAUUGAUGGCGUCGCGUCGAACAAGAUUGUCGAGGUCGAAGAGAGCGCCAGCGGACACCAGGGCGGCGGUCUUAGGCGAACCGCCAGCAUGAAAAGUUUCCGGACGGCAGCCUCGAUCAAGAGCAUUGGCGACGCACGCAGGGAGGCUUUCUUCAACAAGAUGAACGAGCAAGAAGGAAACAAUGCUGCGCAGAAUGUUGCUGCGAUCAACAUGGACGACGAAGAUGAGGAGGAAUUGCCGGAGCUCGUGUUCGGAACGGCGAGCGUACCGAUCUUUGUACGCAUACCAGGUGCCAGUGCUAGUGCUGCUGGACGAGAGCCUUUCGCGGGCGCAUUGGAAGCGUACCAGCCGCUACGAUCCGAGCUGACCCGUCUUGUGGCCAGUGCUCACGAGGCACGCGAGCGCAAGGCCGCCAUGGAAGCUGCAGCCAAGCAAGUUGAGAAGGAUGCGGCCAACGUUGAUGAUGGACAGACAACCAUCGACGAGAGAUCGACGAGCAACAACCCAGGUCAGACUGACGCUGCUAUCAACAGUGGCGCCGUUGGCUCUAACGGUCAUCGUGUCAGUGCUAGCGAGACCAUCGACAGCGAGACAGCCGUCAUCCUUGGUUCGGCCGGUCUUGCCAGUGUGCCCGCAGCGGCGCAUCAGGACGGACUUGGUGAUGUGGUGAGUCGCAUGAUGGCUCAACCGGCUCACCCCACGAUCUCGGAGUCGUCCGUCGUGCCAGCACCUGCGAUUCUGAGCGGUGUUCAGCCGGAUCGGUUCACUGAAGCACCCCGACCCAGCAUCGGUGUCAACUCGAACUUGUCUCGUGACGAGACAUUGCUGACUCUACCGGACCACGACGCUGCAGAACCGUACAACACGUCCACCAUCACUCUGGACCCGCUGCUCGGCGACACGCACACGCACACGCGCACCGAGACGAAUAACGGCUGA